AUGGCACAUACCAAUUCUGGAAUGAAUGUGGCCCUGGAUCUGGAAAUGGUAAGGUUUAGACGUUUUUUGUUGAUUUUUAGAGGAUAUUUGAGUGUGUGAGGGCAGAUAGCCAUGUGCAAAAUGGUUUUGGUCUUGGGAGCUGGGGUCUGAGGAUCUAAAGGAUUUUAUACAUUCUCUAGCGAUGUUUCUGGAGUCUUCUUAAGUGCUUUGAUGUAGGAAAUUAUAAAUCUUGAAUUCAAAAUGUCUUCACUGAUCAAGCCUAAUUAUAUUUCGUCCCAUAUUAUCCUUGAUCUAUUUCAUCAUAACGGUUUCUUCAAUUCUCAAUGAAUCAUUUGUUCACGAGCCCUUUUGGUUUCCCUGGACGUUCAAUGCCCUUUAUAGGACUGUUUUGAUCCAUGCACUUUUUAGAAUAACGAUUAAGGUUAUUGGAAUCAAUUGUAAAUCAUGGAUUAUACAUAAAAUUAUUUUUUAAGACCCGACGAUUUGUUGAUUGUGCAGUAGACUUGUUCGAUCCUUACAAAAAUUAUAGUUAGUCUUAUUUUUCAGCUGGAGAAAGAGAUUCAAGCCAAAGAAGAAAGUCGUCGAACCCAAAAUUUCGACGACUUGAGUGGCACGAUUGGAAAUGCUUCCGCCACUGGCUACACACCUAAUCGAAAUCACACAUCCGACCCGAUCGAUGGGUCCACGGACUUUGAUACACUCGAUGAACCGGUUAUUGUUACAAUUGUAAGCUUUUAUAUCUAAUUUUAUAUUGUUUUAAGUUUAGAACUGAAGUAAUCGUCAUUCUUUUUCAGCAACGAGAUGCCAAACUGAUUGCUGCCAAAUUUAUGCAGGUACUGGUUCCACCAAAGGACCAACAUUGUCUUCGAGAUUGGGAUUUAUGGGGCCCUCUCUUCGUCUGUGUCAUUUUGUCGCUGUAAGUUGAAUUUUUGUGUAUCUUUAUUCGUAUUUAUGCGGAUUUUGAGUUAAAAAUUUUUUUCUUGCUUUAGAUUGCUCCAAGACACUGCCGCAGGCAAAGGGCCCGCUUUCACCGAGGCUUUUUCGUUGGUUUUCUUCGGGUCCGUGGUGGUUACUGCUAAUAUCAAGCUUCUAGGUGGUAAAAUGUAAGUUAGAAUAGGGUAUUAUUGAAAUAUAGGGUAAAAAUUGAAAAUUCCAAAGGGGAAAUUCAAAGAGGUCUCCGAUAAAAUCAGUUGCGAAAAGUGAAAAAGAAAAAGAAGAGCCCUUCGAGUGUCUCCCAUGUGGUCUAGUGGUUAGGAUUCGUGGCUUUCACCCACGCGGCCCGGGUUCGAUUCCCGGCAUGGGAAGAAAUUUUUUGUGUUUUGGAAAUUGAAGUUUAGUCGUAUUUUAGAGUGGGUAUUAUUCAUUAUUUUAGAAUUUUAGCAUAAUAGCGAGUAGUUUUGAUGUUUUAGCUACAAUGGUUUAGAGGAAUUUUUGUAAUUGUUGAAAAUUCUUGUUGAUUUUUUCGAGUUUUCAGCUCUUUCUUCCAAUCUUUGUGCGUAAUCGGCUACUGUCUGCUCCCAUCAGUAUUCGCUUCCAUUGCCUGCCAUAUGCUUCACAUGGAAUCAGCGAAAAGAUUGAGCAUGUUCUUGAGAUUGUUGGCUUCGGCUUGUGGAUUUGGAUGGUCGACUUAUGGUAAGAAAGGGGUGAAUUACGUGAUAAAUAGGAGAAUUAAGUCUGAUCAGGGGCUGUAAAUUAAAUUUGAGUCCGAAAUUUAUGAUUUUUAGGUGUUUUAAAAAAAGAUUUAAAUUUUCUUGAGGUUAAAUGAAUAGAUGAUUUAAUUGAAAUUUCGUUUAAUUUCAGCGUCGACCGCUUUCCUGGCCUCCGCUCAGCCCGAACGCAGGAAAAUAUUGGCCAUGUACCCGGUGAUCCUGUUCUAUUUCGUCGUCUCGUGGCUGGUCUUUUCCAACUCGUAA